AUGGCGGCGGGGCUGGAGGCGGCGGCCGAGCAGGAGGGGUGGCGGCCGGACGGCCUAGCCUCGGGCCGGGGAGCGGGCGGAGCGGCAGGGGCCGUCACUGCGCCAUGCGCCCGCCGCCCCUCGCCUCAGGAGACCGGCGCCCCGCGCCCUCGGCCCGGCCGCGUCCUCGUCCUUCGGUCGCGCCACGCAGCGCCGGCCGCCGCCUCAGCGCCUCAUCACCGCCGCGGGCUGAGGGAGCGCGGCCUGCGCGGCGGACGGCGCCCUCCGCUCGGGCACGCGGGCCCGGCGCGCGAGACCCGCCGCCUUGGCCGCCGCCGCCUCAGCGUUCCGGGCGGCCGGCUCGGCCGGCGGAGCAGCGCAGGGCGUGUGGGCGCCACUCGCUCUGCGCGCUCUGCACGUACACCCUCCUUUCUUUCUUAA